AUGUUCGGAUCGGGACUUCUCGCCCUCGCUUCGGCGCAGGCAUCUUUAGCUUCGUCGUCCGUAUCGGCCCAAGCAAACGCCUCCGAGGCUGCGCCUCCCAUGGUCGGCGGCACCCUCGCCACACCGACCUGGGCUCCGCCCAACGUGCCAUGUGACCCGGAGCAGGUGACCUGGUUCUACCAAGCCACUUUCACGUACGCGCACAAGUGCAGCGAAGCAUGCAACAAGUGGUACGGGCUGCUGUACAAGUAUGGGACUUACACUGGCCCGCUGUCAGCGGGCCAGAGGGAGCCCGAUGGGAAGUAUGUCAUCGAGCCCGAGGUAACGUGCCCGGACAAGUAUCGCAACAUCAAUCCCCACGUCGACCCACUGGGUUCCGCUGCUAUAAAUGACCUAUGUCACACAAAGAUUGUCGGCUGCUUCGGAGACGUUGACUGCAGCAACCUCACCGAUCCCACUGGCAGGUGGUUCUACAACAGCACGACCGGCGCAUACAACAACCGCUCACCUGGUGGCGACUCUGUCGAUGUCAAUGCCAAAAACAUAAACCCAGUCCCUCUGAGUGAAGGUCAAGGCCGGACCAGUGGCGCGCCUGGCGCUGUAGGCACGAUCACCAGUCAGGCAGCCUCAGGAGGGGCGUCUAGCACUGAAUCCCAUCCCUCAAGCCCAAUCUGUAGCACCAGCAGCAAGCCAGAGGCCACAUCUGGGGCUAGUGCCGCAGCUGCCUCACAGGUUCAGUCCGCGGACUCGAGCGCCACUGUCGGAUCAGUCUCCCUCGUACUUGGGUUAGGCAUGAUGACAGUACUGACUCUGCUCUGGUGA